UUCGAAUUAUGUUAAAUAAGUUAGGUAUAAAUCAUAGGCACAACACCGCUACUUCCAGUCAACAAAACAAUGUGGUUACGCGUGUUUCUUAUUGUUUUCGUGCUUCUGCAUUGCGUAUUUUCUGCACAAAAUGUUGAGGUGUCUACACCUUUUGGGAAAAUUUUAGGAACAACAUUAACGACUCGGUUAGGUAAAACUAUUUAUGCUUUUCGAGGAAUUCGAUAUGGGAAACCACCAGUUAAUGAACUUCGUUUUAAACCUCCACAACCUGUUGAUCCGUGGUCUGGAAUCUACAAUGCCACUAGCGAUGCACCGGUUUGCCCUCAACCUGGUAUUACUCCCGUUUCGGAGGACUGUCUAUUUCUCAAUGUCUACGCAACCAAGCUACCUGCUGGAAAAAACAACCCUAAACGUCCAGUAAUAAUACAUUUGCACCCUGGAGGGUUUUAUAGCGUCACUGGCCGCAGCAACUGGGCCGGACCGCAAUACUUCAUGGAUCAAGAUAUAGUUAUGGUAACUUUAAAUUAUCGGUUAGCUACGUUGGGUUUUAUUAGUGUUGGCAAAGAAGCACCUGGAAAUAACGGACUAAGAGAUCAAGUAAUAGCAAUGAAGUGGGUUCAGAAUAAUAUAGCAUCAUUUGGUGGAGAUCCAAAUUCUGUUACCCUCUAUGGAUACAGUGCAGGUGCUUGGAGUAUCACUCUCCAUAUGGUUUCUCCAAUGUCGCGUGGUUUAUUCCACAAAGCUAUUCUUGGCAGCGGAUCUGCACUGGGACAUUGGCCUUUGCCUAGACAUCAGCUGGAUUUAGCCAAAAAACAGGCUAGGAUUUUAGGGUGUCCAGAUGAUAAUGCAACAGUAGUAAUAGAUUGUCUAAGAAAAACACCUGCAGAAGAAUUAGGAAACUCUUUUUUCCAGUUUGCCGAAUUUGGUACCGAUCCUAUACUUCUUUGGUCACCAGUUAUUGAAGAAGAUUUCGGUCAAGAACGAUUUCUUCCAGAUAAUCCAAUUAAAUUAAUUAAAAGUGGAAAGUUUGAACAAGUUCCUGUAAUAGCAGGAAUUACCAAAGAUGAGUUUGCUCAAAGAGCUUUUCCAAUAUUAUCUAAUGAUAGCUUACUGCAACAAGUCAACAACGAUUUUGAAAGAUACGCACCACUUAUGUUUAUUUACGAAAGGGGGACCAGUAAGUCAAAGGAAGUCAGUAGAAGUGUACGUCAGUUUUACUUUGGUGUCGAUCCUAUAACUAAUGCAUCAUUGCAAAAUUUAGAAAAUGCAUAUUCUGAUUCUAUCGUAGGGUUUCCAGCCAACAGAGCUGUUGAUUUAAUAUCUACAUACAGCAGUAAGCCUGUAUACUAUUACCUGUUUACGUAUCAAGGACGAUAUAGUCAUUUUUAUCUUCCUGGCUCUAACGGAACUAUACCAAACGGUGUGGCUCACCAUGACGAUUUAAUUUAUUUGUUCUACAUUUCUCCACUAUUUCCAUUUUUUAAUUCUACUGAUCCGGAAACUAAAAUGGUAGAAACACUGUCUUCAUUGUGGGCUAAUUUUGCUAAUACAGGUGAUCCCACUGACUGCAGUCUUAACGAAAACAUUGGCAACAUUGAAUGGAUACCGUAUGACACAACCACAAAAAAAUACUUGGAAAUUGGAGAAAAGCUCACACUUAAAGAAAAAUUGUUCGAGGAUAGAUACUCAUUUUGGAGGAAUUUAUAUCCACUUUCUUCGAAUGUGAAGAUUUGAAUACAACAAAGAUGAUUAAAGAUUUAAGUUAAAAUAUGGAUUCAGAACUAAUUAUAAAAUACCUUUAUUUUUAUGCAUGUAUGUUUGUAAUAUUUGUAAUAAUAAUCAGAAGAAAUUUAA